GUUCCCCCGGAUUCCAACCUCCACCACCAUGGCCUUCUCCUUCGGACGUGUCGCUGCUCUCUCCCUCCUCGCCCUUGGCCUCCUCGCUCAGGCCGCGCCCGCCGACAAUCCUAUCAGUCCAGGGUUUCCCAUCGGCUCACAGAAGGUUCGCGGUGUCAACCUGGGUGGAUGGCUCGUACUUGAGCCUUGGAUCACGCCAAGUCUCUUCGACAAUACCGGCAACCCCGACAUCAUCGACGAGUGGACCUUCGGUCAACUUCAGGAUCGCGGCACCGCGACCGCCAAGCUCACCAACCACUGGAACACCUGGGUUACUGAGUCUGACUUUGCUCAGAUCGCCGCUGCUGGGCUGAACCAUGUCCGCAUUCCAAUCGGGUUUUGGGCAUUCGACGUUUCAGGGGGCGAGCCUUACAUCCAAGGUCAGCUGGCUUACCUCCAGAAGGCCAUCACUUGGGCGAGAAACCAUGGCAUCAAAGUCAUUGUUGACUUGCAUGGUGCACCCGGCAGUCAAAACGGCUUCGACAACUCGGGCCACAAAGUGUCAUUUCCUCAAUGGCAAUCUUCCCAAUCGAAUAUUGACCGUACUAACGCCAUCAUCAAGAAACUCGCUUCCAUGUUCGCUGACCAGAGCGAUGUUGUGACUAUGAUCGCGCCUCUCAACGAGCCUGCAGGAUUCGAUGGAUCUGACAUUUUAAACGCGGUUCGUCAAUACUGGUAUGACUCCUAUGGUAAUAUUCGGUUCCCUUACGGAAGUUCUCGUCAAAGUAAUACUAUUGUUCUGCUGCACGAUGCCUUCCAACCACUCAGCUACUGGAAUGGUUUCCAGACUGCUCCCAAUUGGCAAGGUGUAGCUAUGGACACCCACAUCUAUCAGAUGUUCUCUCAAGCUGAGGUGUCCAGGACAAACCAACAACACAUCUCCUCUGCGUGUUCUCAUGCAUCUGACUUGUCCUCUUUCGAUCUUUGGACUAUUGUCGGUGAAUGGACACCCGCCGCUACCGAUUGCGCCAAGUACUUGAACGGGCGUGGUGUUGGUGCGAGAUAUGAUGGCACCUUCGCCGGCUCAACUCGUGUUGGCAGCUGCACAGGGAUCACGGGCAAGUCGUCGUCCUUCAGCGCCAGCUACAAGACCUUCUUGAGGCAGUACUGGGAAGCUCAGACAAUAACCUACGAAAAGGGCGCAGGUUGGAUUCAGUGGACAUGGAAGACUGAACAAGCAGACGAUUGGUCAUACCAGGCUGGUUUGGCUGGUGGAUGGAUCCCUCAAAACCCUACUGAUCGACAAUACCCCAACAUUUGCGGGUAAACUAUACCACAUGAUAUUCCGGUGUCGUGAUGAUACCCCACAGUACUACUUCGUAACCGGUGCACACCCACCACCACUCUCCUUACAUUACUUACACACUAUUUUUAUGUGACUGUCAUUGUACCAUACCCUGAUACUUUUUUCUAUUUACUGAACAGAAUUCGAGUUCUACGUGUGGUUGCGUUGGUGGCGAAAAUCCCACAUAUGGCAUCCGAAUGGAAGGUUUUGCAUAACAAGCGCAAAUUAUAAAGCAUUCGAUUGACCCGCCUGUUGUUGAGGCUGGUCCUGUCUACCUUAGUAGAAGUAGGGGUCAUCUACCGGCGUACACUUUCGUUUGCUCUUGCUGCUAUGUAGAGACUCAGAGAGGCUUUAAUAAUUUCCAGUAGCUUGGACAGUUUGACUUU